AUGUCGAAUCAAUCGCCUCCGUUACCCCAGGUCGGGAAGCUUGUCAGCGUGGUCCCUGUCGGUCUCAAAGAGGCUGCGCUCGACUCGCCGACCUUCCGUGCCACAACACUCCACUUCUGCGAUCAGAUCGAAUUCAUUGAAAGAUGGCUGGACGGAUACUCCAAAGCAGCCGCGAAGCUCGCCUCCGACGUCGUCGCGAUAGAGGGCGUAGUGAACAGUUUUCUGUCUUAUUCCAACCCGCUGGUCGUCUCAGAGGCUAUCGUGGACCAUGAUUACACACUUUUGGCUAUGAGGAGAAGUGGGGAAGGAUCCAAGGACCUCUGGACCGGGUUGUUGAUGGCAACGAAAAAGAUCGAAUCACUGAUAGCAGAGCCCAUCCGCGUCUUCAUUCAUGAGGACUUGCGACAUUUCAAGGAGAACCGACGUGUGCUCGAGCAUGCGCAGAAGCAAUACGACUAUCUACAAGCCCGAUACGCCUCUCAGUCAAAGUCAAAGGAAGCAUCGGCCCUAAGAGAAGAGGCUUUCCAGCUUCACGAGGCGCGCAAGGCAUACUUGAGGGCGUCCUUGGACUUCUCCGUGCAGGCCCCUCAAGUACGCAAUGCACUUGACCGACUACUCGUUCGAAUUUCUUUCGAUCAAUGGCGAGAGUUCCGCAUGUUUCACAACAACAACCACUCGACAUUCUCAAAGUGGUCCGGCGAGAUGGACCGUGUCAAGGGCUGGGUUCAUGAGAUGGAAGCGAGCGACCGAUCGGCCAAACGUGAGCUUCUGUCUACAAGAAAGGAGAUCGAAGAAGCUGCGGAGAUGAUAGCGCGUCCGCCCCGCGAACUCGAAGAUUAUUCAACCUCCACGGUACCAUAUCUGAGCUCGCGACCCCUUUCCACGCUGGAUGUGGGCAAAGAGAUUCGACCUGAAAAGCAAGGAUGGCUGAAUUUGCGCACGGUUUCGGGAAGACCCAGUCGCACUGCGUGGGUCAGGCGCUGGGCAUUCUUGAAGAAUGGCAUUUUUGGUUGUCUUGUGCAAGGCUCGCGUACUGGUGGAGUUGAAGAGAGUGAACGAAUUGGCGUGCUACUAUGCAGUGUACGACCUGCCUUCCAGGAGGAGCGAAGAUUUUGCUUCCAAGUGAAGACGAAAAAUAACAGUAUCACUCUACAAGCGGAAACUCAGAAGGAGCUAAUGGAGUGGAUAGGCGCUUUUGAAGCCGCCAAACAAAAGGCGCUUGAAAACCCAGCGAGCACAGAUCUCUCCAUCUCGGGAAAAAUGACUGUUCAAGACCCAGCUUUCUCGAUUUCUCAGCCUCCUGCGCCUGAGUUUACCGCAGAUCCAAGUGAAUCUCUGACGCCAAUCUUAAGCGACGAGCCAUCUCACCCUGAAAGAAGCUCGACGCUUUCAAUUCCUGAUCGCGACGGUCUUGCCAUGCGGAAUAGCACCGACUUCUCGAGUCGAAGGCUCACAGGCAUAGACAUCGAGACAUCUGCCCGGGAGCAUGCUAGAGAUCACACGGCUCGAAUUAUUCAAAAGCUGGAUAUACAUCGCAAGUCGAACAAUGCUGCUCCAAGCUCCCCGUCAAUCCCCGGUCCUGCGAGCGGCAUUGCUAGUCUUAUUUCCGCCAGUCAUAACCUGCUCCCAUAUGGAGGCGCCGCUGCGGCCAAUAUCAAGGACGUGGAGCGCGGCCGAGGUCGAAGCUCAAGUAGUCCAGACGAUUUCGGUCUAAGCCUCGCGCCGUCUACGCUUGCCAACCCCCCAGCACCCACAAGCAUGAGCAAAGCCGCUGUGGUGGUGAGUAGCGAACGAGGAAUCGGACUUGGUCUUACAGAUAGUACAGGAGGUAUGCCCAGCGGCAUGAUGGCCAACUUAUGGGGAACCUCCAAUUGGAGCUUCAUCAACAAGUUCCAGCGGGAGCAAAAUUAUGCGAAUGGUGAAAAGGCCGAGUCUUCAAGCCACGACGAUUCGUCGUCGGUGAUGAGUGAAUCUGACGGAGGAAAAAUCGCGGCCCAGGCAGAAGUCCCAGAUGCAUCUGGGACACCAUGGCAACCCUCGGGCCCGCGUCAUCGACAGACUGUGAGCCUCGAUGGUGAAGACGCAUCCAAGAUUCACCGAGCAGCACGAGCUAUGAUCUCAGAGCCUGAGUACCCAUGUGGCUAUCCACAACAGUUGAAGAUCCAAGAUGCUCAAUUCCGCUUGCUGUUCCCUGAUGUCAAAAGGGACGAACCCCUGGUCCUUGUCUUCCGAGCCACUUGGAGCCCAAAUGAGCAGCAAGAAUUCCCUGGACGAGCAUACGUGACAACCCACAACAUUUAUUUCUACAGCCACCACUUCGGUCUCGUUUUGACCACUAGUGUUGCACUAGACGGUAUCAAGGAAGUAACGGCUGCUUCAGGGCGUGACUGCGAUUUCCUUUUCCUCCAUUUGAUACCCCCUCUUGGCAGCGAUACGCCUGGACGAAUCACGGUGAAAACAUUCCUGGAGCCCCUGCGCCUUCUGCAGAAACGCCUCAAUUUUUUGAUUCAGGCAUCGAUAGCUGUACAGCAGAUGACACUCGAAGGAAUCAUCAGGGAGCUUAUCAAGAUGGAGAGCAACGUUCAGGCCCGACAAUCGAGCGCCGACAGCUGGGAAGAGAAUGCAUCUGGAAUUGAUGCCAAGAAUGGCCAUAACAUCCACCUUCCCAUCUACAUUGAUAAAGACCUGGACAUAGAUGGCGGCAGAGGCGGCCGAAAUCGAGAUCACCCCAAAUUCCGACUCCCCACGCAGCCCGUCGAAUACACUCCUCAAGGCGACCUGAAGUUGGCAAUCGAAAGACCCCUUGACAUCAGUGCUAAAGCGCUUUUCCAUAUUCUGUUCGGAGAUAAGAGUGCCCUUUGGCAGCUUUUGCUGCAUGAGCGUGAAGCUCAAGAAAUCAAACAGGGGCCAUGGGCCAGCACAGAAGCUCGGCAUCUGCGAAGAGAUUUCCAGUACAAGAUUCAGACAACGGAUGUUUUCGGACGAACCCAGGAUAACAGUAUCUCGGAUUAUCAAAUCAUCGAUGUGCUAAAUGAUCACCUCUGCUACGUUGUUACUGAUAAGCGAACACCAUGGCAUCUUCCUCUCCGGCGCUCUUUCCGUCUUGUCAGUAAGGUUGUGAUUACCUUUGUCGCGAAGUCCAAGUGCAAGUUAGCGAUUUACAAUAAAGUGGAAUGGCUCAAGACACCAUUCGGCAUACAACGAAUCAUCGAUCAAAGGGCAGAAGGCGAUCUGGAACAAGAUGCACUAGAUCUUGUGGACUUGGUCAGUGACCAAGUACGCCGUCUUGGCGCACACAGUCGUACCAAGAAAGCCAUCACCAUCUUUGGCCAUGUCGGCCGUCUGAAUAAUGUGUCACAAUUCACAGGUGCGGGCGGCAACUUGAAGCUAGAGACGCGAAAGCGCACUCACCGCACGAUGCCGCACCUCGUGAUGGAGACGGUUCUGUCGUUCUUGGAAAGCGCAUUGUCAUUCUUGAUGCAGUCUUCCUUUGGCCUCAUCACUUGGUCUGUUAAGACUCUGAGCACCCACAAGGUCAUACUUAUACUGCUCGUGGUGAGCGCACUCUUGAACGGCUUGUACACGUCAAAAUACAGUCGGGAGUGGUGGCGCGAGCGUAACACCCGCAACUUGAUGGCUAAGAUUGGUAUUCAGCCGAAUAUGGUCAUGACCAAAGCCAUCUAUCUUCGGGACAUAGAUGAAGCAGUUGCCAACUCCACGAUUUGGCCUCAUGACGGCAACGUUAGUACAUGCUUCAGUGCCUUCAAUGAGCACAGUCUUCGGCACUCGGAACUUCCGCUAUCAUUGAGCGCCUCCAAUCCGCGCGAGGCAGUGGCGCAAAGUGCAACAAAGCGGUUCUUGGAUACCAGGGAACGGCUCGGCGUUUACAGACACAACCUUCUAGUUGGCCUACGCGUUGUCAACCGCAUUGAGAAGGAAGUUAUCGAAAGCGAAUGGCAGCGGUGGCUUCGUGGAGAGGUCCGGCGCUGUCGCCAGAUUGAGCUUCUCCUCGGCGACGGUAAAGGUAGCGCAGGUAACGAGGCUCAGCAGGCCGCCAAGGUGGAGAGCCUAUUUGGCAAGAAUGCGGAUAACAUCAAGGAAUGGUAUGGCCGAUAUUGCACCAGCUGUCGUCACGAGCAAGAGCGAGCUUCAAGGCCACCUAGUCAAGACUAUUUGACCUGA